UUGUUUGCUUCGUCUUUCGUUUUUAACUAUAUCCGUCAAACUCCCUGCAAGUCAGGAUUCUUUCUACCAUUGCAGCCAGGAUAGCUCUCUCUUUACCACAUCUUAGCCCAAGUCGACUCUCUUAGAAAGUCUAUAGAACCAGGGCAUUUACUGUCAUUAUACAACUGAUCUCAAAACUCGGCACUUCCUGUCAUUUCCGACUUUAGUCCUUCAAAAUGCGCUUCCAGCAAAGCAUCCUCGCUUCCCUCGUCCCCGGCCUUGUCGCCGCUAUUGCCCCGCCGAACAUCCAGGGCAUGGACAUCAUUUUCUCCGAGUCUUUCGAGGGGACAGCAGGCGCCUCUCCUGACGGCAACACAUGGAACAUCAUGGAUGCCAUCAACACCAACAACGAAGUCCAGACGUACACCACCUCGAACCAGAACGUUCAGAUCAGCGGCGGCGGUACCAUUCAGUUCGUCCCCCGGAAAUCGCCGUCUGGCCAUUGGACCUCGGGACGUAUCGAGACUAAGGGAUCCUGGACUCCCAAGGCCGGCAAGGUCUUUAGCAUACAAUCAAGCCUCCUAUUAGGAAAUAACCCUAACAAGCAGGGCAUCUGGCCUGCCUUCUGGGCUCUCGGCGAUGCUAUGCGCCACGGUACCCAAUGGCCCGCUGCUGGAGAAAUAGAUAUUAUGGAACAAGUUAACGGACUUCUUACCGGCUAUGGUACCGUUCACUGCGGGCCCGACGCUGGCGGCCCUUGCAACGAGCCCCUCGGCCGUGCCAGCACAACUCCUAUGUCGCCUGACGGUUUCCACACCUGGGGCGUUACGAUCGAUCUCACAAACGACGACUGGCGAGCGCAGACCAUUACAUGGCACCUGGACGGCAAUAGCUUCUAUAUUCUCACCGGAGCUGAUAUAAACGAUGCUCCCAUCUGGUCUUCUCUGGCCCACAGCCCCUUAUAUAUCCUCCUUAAUGUUGCUGUCGGUGGUGACUGGCCUGGUCUACCAAACUUGGCUACGCAAGAUGGCUACGGCAGCAUGAUGGAAGUUCAAUGGGUUGCCGUCUACUCGUCCUAGACAGUAUUCUCCGAUUGCGUGGAACGUUAUAUGGUAUCUCAAAAUAGAAGUGGGUGUAUAUACGGGAAAUUGGCG